UCCCCCAUUUUCCCGACCCCGAGCACAAGCACCGCGUAUUCCGCAUACCUUUUAUAUAUAUAUAUAUAUUCUAAUAUACCCUUGUCUCUCCCCUCUAACCCUUGGCCCUCUUCGACCUCUCCCGAUCGAUCGAUCGAUCCAUUGAUCCGUACCGAACCCUCGCUGAGCCCAUAUUCGUCGCUUUUCUGCGUGCCCUAGAGACCGGCCAUGGCGAAAUCGGCCAAGUUCGAGGAGUUCUCUGAGGAGGAGGAGCCCUCGAACGCGGGAUCGAUGUCCUCCUCCUCCGAGGAGGAGGAGGAUGAGGAGGAGGAGGAGGAAGCGAAGAACGGGGCCGGGGCGAACCAGGAGGGGGAGGAGGAGGUGGACGAGGAGGAGAUCGAGGCCGUGGCGAGGUCGGUGGGCCCCGACGACGACGACGACGCCGGGGACGGCGAUUCGCAGUCGACGGAGGACGACGAGGCCGUCGCGGGGGCGAAGAGCGACGGCGAUGAGGAGGCAGAGGAAGCAUCAGCAAGUGUGGAAGUUGGAAAGCGCGAGAGAGCUAGGCUCAAAGAGCUCCAGAAACUGAAGAAGCAGAAAAUUCAAGAAAUAUUAGACACACAAAAUGCUACUAUAGAUGCUGACAUGAAUAACAAGGGGAAGGGUCGGCUAAAGUAUCUCCUGCAACAGACUGAAAUAUUUGCUCAUUUUGCAAAAGGAAGUCAAUCUGCUGAAGAGAAGAAGCCAAGAGGAAGGGGCCGCCAUGCAUCUAAAGUUACAGAGGAAGAGGAAGAUGAAGAAUGCCUUAAGGAGGAAGAAGAUGCCUUGGCAGGUGCAGGAGGCACACGAUUAGUAUCACAACCAUCUUGCAUCCAAGGAAAAAUGAGGGAUUAUCAGUUAGCUGGACUUAACUGGCUUAUAAGAUUGUAUGAGAAUGGUAUCAAUGGGAUACUUGCUGAUGAGAUGGGUCUUGGGAAAACCCUGCAAACUAUCUCGUUAUUGGGCUAUUUGCAUGAAUUCAGAGGAAUUACUGGCCCGCACAUGGUGGUAGCACCAAAGUCUACUCUUGGCAAUUGGAUGAAGGAGAUUCGACGCUUUUGUCCAGUUUUACGGGCUGUCAAGUUCUUAGGAAAUCCAGAAGAGAGGGCAUACAUAAGGGAUAAUUUGUUAGUGCCUGGGAAAUUUGAUGUCUGUGUCACUAGCUUUGAGAUGGCGAUUAAAGAAAAGACUGCAUUAAGGCGGUUUAGCUGGCGCUAUGUUAUUAUUGAUGAAGCUCAUCGGAUUAAAAACGAAAAUUCUCUUCUCUCCAAGACAAUGAGACUCUAUCAUACCAAUUAUCGCCUUCUUAUCACUGGCACGCCUCUUCAGAACAAUCUUCAUGAGCUAUGGUCCCUUCUCAACUUUCUGCUUCCUGAAAUAUUUAGCUCUGCUGAGACCUUCGAUGAGUGGUUUCAAAUUUCUGGGGAAAAUGAUCAGCAGGAGGUUGUUCAGCAGCUUCACAAGGUUCUUCGCCCAUUUCUUCUGCGAAGGCUUAAAUCUGAUGUCGAGAAAGGCUUGCCACCCAAAAAGGAAACCAUACUUAAAGUUGGGAUGUCUCAGUUGCAAAAGCAUUAUUAUAGAGCUCUUCUUCAAAAAGAUCUGGAAGUCAUUAAUGCUGGUGGUGAGCGAAAGCGUCUUUUAAACAUUGCCAUGCAGCUGAGGAAGUGUUGUAACCAUCCAUAUUUAUUCCAAGGCGCUGAACCUGGCCCGCCUUAUACAACAGGGGAACAUCUAAUUACUAACGCAGGAAAAAUGGUUCUUCUUGAUAAAUUGCUUCCCAAGCUCAAAGAGCGUGACUCCAGAGUUUUAAUCUUCUCACAGAUGACUAGGCUGCUGGACAUUUUAGAGGAUUAUCUCUUGUAUCGAGGGUACCAAUAUUGCCGUAUUGAUGGAAAUACUGGUGGAGAAGAUCGUGAUGCUUCCAUUGAUGCCUUCAACAAGCCAGGAAGUGAGAAGUUCAUAUUCUUGCUUUCAACUAGAGCAGGUGGGCUGGGUAUCAAUCUUGCCACUGCUGAUGUUGUCAUUCUUUAUGAUAGUGACUGGAACCCACAAGUUGACUUGCAAGCGCAAGAUCGUGCUCAUAGAAUUGGCCAAAAGAAAGAAGUUCAAGUAUUUCGGUUUUGUACUGAGUAUACAAUUGAGGAAAAAGUGAUUGAGAGAGCAUAUAAGAAGCUUGCUCUUGAUGCUUUGGUUAUUCAACAAGGUCGAUUGGCAGAGCAGAAAACUGUAAACAAAGAUGAGCUAUUGCAAAUGGUCAGAUUUGGUGCUGAGAUGGUAUUCAGUUCCAAGGACAGCACAAUAACAGAUGAGGAUAUUGACCGAAUUAUAGCCAAAGGUGAAGAGGCAACAGCAGAGCUUGAUGCAAAAAUGAAGAAAUUUACUGAAGAUGCCAUCAAAUUCAAAAUGGAUGAUACUGCUGAAUUGUAUGAUUUUGAUGACGAGAAGGAGGAGAACAAGCUAGAUUUUAAGAAGCUUGUUAGUGAGAACUGGAUUGAACCACCUAAAAGGGAAAGAAAGCGGAACUACUCAGAGUCAGAUUACUUCAAGCAAGCACUUCGUCAUGGUGGACCAGCAAAGCCCAGGGAACCACGUAUUCCUCGGAUGCCUCAGUUGCAUGAUUUUCAAUUCUUUAACACCCAACGAUUGAGCGAGUUAUAUGAAAAAGAAGUUCGGUAUCUUAUGCAGCAAACUCAUCAAAGAAACCAAGCGAAAGACACUAUUGCUGAUGGAGAUGAGCCGGAAGAUGUUGGUGAACCAUUGACUGCUGAGGAGCAGGAAGAAAAAGAACAGUUGUUGGAAGAGGGAUUUUCGACAUGGACGAGGAGAGACUUCAAUACAUUCAUACGAGCAUGCGAAAAAUUUGGUCGGAAUGAUAUAAAAGGUAUAGCUUCUGAUAUGGAGGGGAAAUCAGAAGAAGAAGUCGAAAGAUAUGCUAAAGUUUUCAAAGAGAGAUACAAGGAAUUGAAUGACUGGGAUCGAAUCAUCAAGAAUAUUGAGAGAGGGGAAGCAAGAAUCUCUCGGAAAGAUGAGAUAAUGAGAGCAAUUGCAAAAAAGCUGGACCGGUACAAGAACCCAUGGUUGGAAUUGAAAAUUCAAUAUGGUCAGAAUAAAGGAAAGCUGUACAAUGAAGAAUGUGAUCGUUUCAUGUUAUGCAUGGUCCACAAACUUGGUUAUGGGAAUUGGGAUGAGCUCAAAGCUGCAUUCAGGACAUCGCCGCUGUUUAGGUUCGACUGGUUUGUGAAGUCGCGAACGACUCAAGAGUUAGCUAGACGAUGUGAUACUCUCAUCCGGCUUGUGGAGAAGGAGAAUCAAGAAUACGAUGAGCGAGAGAGACAAGCUCGGAAAGAUAAAAAACUUGCGAAGAACCUGACACCAUCAAAGCGGUCCAUGGCGAAGGCACCAGCUCUUGAGACCCCUGCAUUGAAUUCAUUCAAGAGGCGGAAGCAAUCGUCCAUGGACGACUAUGUCGGCUCAGGAAGACGAAGGAGAUGAUUUUAAGGCUGAGGGGAGGACCUCUUAUUAUUUCACGUGAUGACAGACACUUCUAUGAUGUGCUUUGUCUUAGUAGUCGCUGUGAAGAGUUUGGGGGCCUGAGUAUUCGGGGGACUCUUAUUCCAUCCUGCGGGAUGAGGAUGGUGCUUCAUUUUUGUCUCCAUUCUAAAGUUAUUAGCAAAAGCUCUUUCUAUGUUGUAUUUUCCCUUAUUGAAUGCACUCUGUAGCUGACUAGUAGUUACUAUGCCUGCGCGCAUGCCGUCGCGGGAGAACUUCUAGUGUAGGAAUGCCAAUUGCAGUGGAAAAUUGGCUGAUCACUUAACUGUAUUUCCGGAAAUGCAUCUUCAAUACAAUCAUUAUAUGCUUAGGAAUC